ACUACUUCUUGAAUUGUUGUAAGCCUAACGUUUGUUGGACCACGUGUCUCUUAUUGUUAAUACUACGGUCUAAAAGUAAGAGGCCAUGGAAAUGAAGAAGACUACAACCUUGUUCAUAUCAUUAAUUUCAAACACAUUUGUAACCUUUAAAUUUUAAAUAGAUUUUGAAGAAUUUUAAAAUGUUAUCUAAAUACUGUUUUAAUGUUUUAAAUAAAGGAACUAUAAGUCACAGGUUUAAUUGUUACAGAAAAAUAAAUUCUAUAAAAGACGUAUUUUUCAAUAAUGGACCAAGAAAUCUUUACAGUUGGACAAAUUUCGUGAAACCAAAAUUGUCUGGUGUACUUAAAGUUGGUGUUCGAAGUUAUGCUACCAAAACUGAAGAUGAAGAGAACAGGCGAUCUAAUAGACACAGAAAUAAAUUGAAUAUAUCUAACUUAAGCAGUGAUAGUAAUGAAAAUGUAACCCAACAAAGUUUUUUAACAAAUCUUGAAUUAAAUAAGAUUCAACAAAUAUAUUAUGCAGAUACUGAGGAAACCAAACAAACAUUAAAAAUGUUCCCAUCGCCUAAAAAUGUUUUGCACAAUAUAUUUACAUUAUUAGUACAAGAAACUAAAAAUAAUUCAUUGCAUUUAGCCCCUUCAUUUAAAUCACUUUCAAACCAAAGAGGUGGUGCUUCUUGGAUAUGUACUUACAAUAUAGGAUGGCCAACUCAGAUAAAAUUUUUAGCUAAAGAUAAUAGGAAGAAAGUUGCUUCAGAUAAGGCAGCUUUAGCUGCACUUACUUGGCUAAGACUUAAUAACAAAAUAACAACAAAUGGUGCACCAAUUAUCUAUGAUAAAGAAGAAGUAAAACAAUUAACCAAAGGAAGUAUACCACUUCUGAACCUUCGACAAAAGACGUUAGAAAAUAUUGAUAAGAUUAUAAAUGUUUAUGAAGAAAAAAUGAAUCCUCACAUUUUGAAAUGCCAAGAUUCCUCAGUAAUACAAUCAAAAGAUGUCUUGACUGUUGCACAAGAACAUGAACUACACAUGAAAUCUAUUACAAAGAAAUUUUUGGGUUUUCAAAAGUAUAUUGCUAAAGAAAAACAUCCUUUGCCAAUUACAGCUUACAAGGAACAAUUCAUUGAAAUGUUAAAUACAAACCAAGUAAUAAUAGUUAAAGGGGAACCCGGUUGUGGGAAAAGUACACGAAUACCACAAUAUGUACUAGAGGCAUGGGUUAGAGAACAUGAACUUAGUGAAAAAACAGGAAUGAUAGCAGUUACUCAACCAAGAAGAAUAGCUGCGAUUUCUUUGGCAGAACGAGUUUGCAGUGAAAGAAAUGAAUCGGUUGGGCACAUUGUAGGCUACCAAGUAAGAUUAAAUUCAGUGUUUCGUCCAUUAACUGGGAGAAUUUUAUACUGCACAACAGGAAUUUUACUACGACAUGUCCAAUCGGAUAGCAGUUUAUCAGAAUUCAGUCACAUUAUUUUAGAUGAAGCACACGAAAGAGAUGUUAAUACAGACUUAUUAAUGAACAUCCUAAAACUUUCUUUGAAAAAGAACCCUAAUUUAAAAUUAAUAGUAAUGAGUGCUACUAUUGAUACAGAUAUGUUCAAAAAUUAUUACAAUGGUGCUCCAGUGAUAGAAAUUCCCGGAUUUACCUAUCCUGUCGAAAGAUUUUUCAUUGACAAUUUGAAUGACCUGGAUUUAACAAAGACUAAAACUAUGUGUGAAAGUUAUGCACCUUCAGUAGUACACGAAGAUGUUGUUAAAGUCAUAGAUUACAUAAAUUGUACAAAACCUGAAGGAGCCAUUCUUUGUUUCCUUCCAGGUUGGGAUGAUAUUGCUAAAGUACAAAGAAUGAUACCACAGAGAGGUAGCACGGUAGUAUAUUGUUUACAUUCCAGGUUGAACGACAAGGAGCAGUUCAAAAUUUUUAGUAAACCUCCUCCUGGUGUACGAAAAAUUAUAUUAGCGACGAAUAUUGCAGAAACAUCCGUAACUAUUGAUGAUGUUGUUUAUGUUGUUGAUACUGGAAUACACAAGGAGCAAAGAUUUGAUACAAGCAAAGGUAUUAAAUGUGUUGACAAUAAUUGGAUAUCAAAAGCAAGUGCAAUCCAAAGGUGUGGCCGAGCAGGGAGAGUUCAACCCGGUCAAAGUUUCCAUCUCUAUACACAGUCCAAACAUGAUUGUUUUGAAGAAUAUACGUUACCUGAAAUACUACGCACAUCUUUAACAAAAAUAGUUUUAGAUUCAAAAGCUUUCAGUAAUAAUAUGGAUACACUUACAUUCAUGAAAUCUUUACCGACUCCUCCUGAGGAAGUUGCUGUUUCUAAGGCGGUAGAAGAAUUAAAAGAAAUAGAAUUACUUGACGAAAACGAAAAUUUGACAACGUUGGGAAGAACUUUAGCAGAAUUUCAGCUCGAACCUAAAUUGGCUAAAACAUUAGUAAAUUCUUAUAUAUACAAAUGCCUAUCUCCGAUAAUUGACAUCAUAACUUUGUUUUCCACUGACACAGAAAUAUUUUCUUCGGGUUUAAUAGAUAAAGAAACAAUUAAGGAAAUUAAAAGCGAAUUUUCAGAAAACAGUGAUCAUCUAGCGAUGAUGAGAAUUUUUGAAAAAUUUUUAGAAUUUGAUGAGAUAGUUGAUGCCGAUAAACUAAGAAGAUUCUGUAGAGAUCUGAAUUUAAUUCCACAUAAAAUGGAAAUGUUCCGAAAGUUACGUAAAAUUCAUUCCGAUUACUUAGUAGAUGGUUUACAUGAUGUACUUCCAUUUUCUGAUGACUAUUCUGAUAAAGAUGAAUUUGUCAAAGCAGUAUUGUAUUCUGGAGUUGGUAAUAUAUUACAACAUCGAACCUGGGAUAUAGUGAAGAACAGAUUAAAGAACAAUACCAAUGUUUUGCUUACUAGGAAUAAUCACAAAGCUACAAUAACCCCAGAAAGUGUUAAUUAUAGAAGAUACAAAUUUCCUACGAAUUACUUACUAUAUAUUAAUGAAACUAGGUCCAACAUACGUAGAACGACGUUAGUACGAGAAUGUAGUUUUCUAACUAAUUUAUCAGUAUUAUUAUUCUCCAAUAAAAAAUUAAAAAUAGAUAAGGUCUGUGAUAAAGAUGCCCAAGAAGGUGUUGAAAACGAACAUAUAGAAUUAGUUUUAGAGAAUACAAAUAUAAAGUUCGUAUGCAAAAAAAAGGAAGCUGAAAAAAUUAUUAGAUGUAAAGAAGUUAUUCAUUUAUGUUACGGAUAUUUCAUUGCUCAACUGACUCGUAUCGGAGAGCGUAAUGAGGAUGUUAAUGCUAUUUGGAGUGAUAUAUUGGAAUUAAUCAAUGAAGUAAUAAACGAUAAUACAAAAUAAAUAUCCAUAAAGUAUUGUUAUUGUGUCUAUAAACAAAUUUUAGAUAGUAUCAUAUUUUAAUUUUGAGUAUAACAAGGUUUAUCAUAUACAUUUUUUCUCGCAAUCGUUCUCAAUUUAACUACUUUAGUUCUUUCUUUAUCCAUCAGUUUCUUGAAUUCUUUUAUCUGCAUAUCGACUGGUUCCAUAUCUUCCACAAAUACCGUGGAUUCAAUUGCGAAUGGAAAUUCUUCUAUCUCUGUAGACUGUAUUGAAUCUCUCAUCUAGAAAUAAUUAAUUUAUUAAUAGAUAAUGGUUUUUAUGGGGCUCUACAGAUUCUAUUGCUAUUUAAAAAAAUCAAUCAAACAAGCAUAGAGAAAAUCUCAUUGAAAAGGGAUUAUUGAUUAUGAAGUCCAAUAAAGGUUCUAAACCUAUUUACUGGCUCUUAUAAUGUAGGAUCUCCAAAUACUAUGUAAUUUUUUAAUAGAAAAUGUUUUUUGGGAAAUUCUACCCACAUAAAAAUGGAUUUUGGAGUGUAAAGUCCAAUAAAGGUUCUAAACCUAUUUAUUGAUAUAUGAUAUUGAAAUUUCUUUCACAGUUGUUGUCGAGAUUACUGCAUUUGUUUUUGAUAAACUUUACAGAAUCUAUUACCUAAUUUUAAAAAUUUCUGUUUAACAGGCCAAAAUAAUGCACUUUAAAGAGGGUUUUGGAGGAUAAAGUCCAAUAAAAGUUUAUUUAAAAGAAACUUUGUUAGGUUUUAUAAUGUAGGAUUUUAUAAAAUAAUAUACAGGGUUCUAAUUUAGUAUUUACAGUAUAUUUUAUACUAUAAAUACCUGUGUAACAAAAAUAUACCAACCAUUUCCACAAAACUCAAACUUUUGGCUGCUGGAAAAGUGAUAUUGAAAUUUUCUUUACAGUAAUUAUCGAAAUUAAUGCUUAACUGUUUACGUAAUUCUUUUCGAUUGUUCAAGUAAAGUUUCAGUUCAGCCAAACACCUCAGAACAAUUUCUUGUUUAUCUAAAAUAACAAGUUUUGCUCUUUCUAUGUUUUCACCACAUUUAUUUGCCGCUUCAUUUAGAAUCGAUUCAGUGAAUUUGUCGCAGUCAAUAGUUUUGUAUUUGAUCAUCAGCUUCGCCUGAAAUUAUUAGUCAUACACAAUAUUAUCAUUGUUAACUUAUUAUGUUGUUACACAAAGGCUAUUCAUAAAGUGAGAAAAUUUUCUAUAUAAACAAAA